AUGGCGCAGGGACUAUGUCGUGUAGUGAUCGGUGUUCAGUUGGUGAUCGUGGGUUUCCAGCUCCCAGCCAAGUACCAGCUACAUCGCUGGAAGGAGAUGCUGCUGUGUCUGAUCCCCAACAUGACUCUCAUGUGGCUUUGUACCUCCGGCUGCAUUUUGCUGGCGAUUCCUAAUCUCAAUUUUCUCACUGCGCUGGUGAUAGGCUCCUGCGUCACCUGUACCGACCCCAUCCUCUCCCAGGCCAUUGCCAAAGGCCCUUUCGCCGACCGAUAUGUUGCCCGCGAUCUUCGCGAAAUUAUAUCCUCCGAGGCCGGUGCCAACGAUGGGUUUGGGUUUCCCUUUCUGAUGCUAGCGACCUAUCUGCUGCGGUAUACCCAAGGAAAUCCGGAUCAGGACCACACGGCCCAUGCUCAUGUCGCGCGCUCGGAAGAUGUAGGCCAUAUGCAUGGCGGGCUUGCGAAAGCGAUGGAGAUGUGGUUUGUCGAGACCUGGGCCUACUACAUCAUCCUUGGCGUGGUUUAUGGCGCCACCCUGGGCUAUGCCAGUAUGCGCCUACUGCGGUAUACCCUCCGAAAAAAGUGGAUAGACGGCGAGAGCUACGUGCUGUUCCCGGCUGCGUUAGGACUAUUCCUCCUUGGAACGUGUGGUUGUGUCGGAACGAACGAUCUCCUCGCCUGUUAUUUUGCUGGUGGUGCGCUGAAUUGGGACGGUGGCUAUCUGGCAGAAACCGAAGCCCGCCAUGACGAAGUCAAUUCAUGUAUCGACGUUCUCCUCAACUUUGGUGGAUUCAUGUAUAUUGGAGCCGUCAUUCCAUGGGAUGACUUCCACCAGCCAGACACCACAGGAAUCACAUAUCCCCGGCUGAUUCUUCUUGGCUUCAUCGUCCUCCUCUUUCGACGCAUUCCCAGCACGCUCGCUUUGUACAGGUUUAUGCCCAAGGUCUGCAAGAACUGGAAGGAGGCUUUGUUUAUGGGCUACUUUGGACCGAUAGGAAUUGGUGCUGUCUUCUACGCCGAACACACCUCCCAUCUAUUCCCUCCGGUAGGCGAGGGUAGUGCCAUGGAGGCUCGCUUAAUGGGCGCCCUCAAACCAACAAUAUAUUGGCUCGUGUUAUUCUCGAUCUUCGUUCAUGGCCUGUCCAUUCCCCUUCUGAGCAUUGCGUACAAACUCCUCAAUGUCCCGCCAGAGGUCGACCCCCUGGGACCAGCCGAAGUCCGCCCCCUAUCCUUUAACCAGACUCUUCCGCCCAACAGCUUACUACACGCCAAGCGCCGCUCAAUCCUCGUUUAUAACCGCUUCUCGCGGAGUAAAUUCCCCUCCAAUAUUGGAUGGGAUCUGCCACAGUUUCGGAGCAAUAACAGCUCGCGCGCGACAGGCCAUGUUCCGCUGGUUGAAGAGUUCCCGCUCCAGAGCGUCCAUGACAGACAGGCCAGAGUCAACUAGUGUUGUCUGAUUCUGUUUGUCUGAUGUUCUCUUUUCUUUUUAUUCGUGAUGAACCUCGCUUCUCUGCUUUGACUUAAUAGCGCCCUGAAAUCUCUAUCUGUGUUAGAUCAGCUGGUUUUUUUUCCGUGACUCGCACCAGCCCACCAUGGUCUGGCCUGGCAAGUCGGCCUAUCCCGCCCUAACGCCGGUUGAGCCGCCCCCGUUUCUCAUUUCCUUUCCUGAGAGCGUUUAUAGACAAUCAAAUAGAAUAUUGUACGAUCA